AUGGAUAGAUCGGAGGAACCUCAGUUAGGGUUGGGCGGGACGUUGUGGGGAGAACCGGCAACCUCGAAUGGAAGACCCCCACUUGCUAACGCCAAACUUCAACCGACUGACGAUCUAAAAUACGCCACACUCCGCUGGGAGCGGACAUACAUCGGAGAAAUUGCGUCUGAGUGGCUAGUGAGGCCAGACGUUCAAUUUCGCAUAGAAUCGAUGCUUUUGAUAUACCGUGUCCGAAAAGCAGACGAUAUAAGCUCCGUGGUUAUCCGAUGGCUGAAUGAGAAGAAGCUUGGAAGUGGAUCGAGUCGAUAUCCCGAAACUGAAACUAUUCAAACUACCGAAAUUGCCAUCGCCAGAUGGGGCCAAUCCGUAUAUCAACAUUGCAUAUAA